AUGACGCUGCAGGGCCAGCGUCUGGGAGAAGCCGAAUCUGAGGAUGCACGCCGCGCGCUCGCCUACAUAUUCUUCGUCAAUGAGGAAGAGGACGAUUAUACGACGGGACCAGUCCGCGUUGUCACAGCAUCCGACGGAAUUAAGGAGGAUGCAUCAGCACUUCUGUUGACGCUCGAGUUUUCUGCGAGCGUGCGACAAGCUGUGUUGGCACAAAGGUCCUUCCAGAACUUCGAAGCAACGUCACUGCAGCAGAGACGCAGACUCAGGAUUCUGGAGAGCGACAUUGAGAGAGAGAUUGAUGCGUCUGAAUACCGUCUUCGUAAAGCUGAUCCGCAGGAUCCAAACAACGAGCAACUAGAGCAACAAUCAUCAAACAUGCGACUUUUGCUCGAAGACGUCAAACUGAGGCAAGAGCAGAGUGAUGCUCAGCUCAGAACCCAGGCGAAAGUCCUCCGCACGUGUCAAACGAACGCUUUAAAUAUCAUGGAAGAAGCGUUUGUGAUUGCAGGACUGGUCCUCGAGCCUGUCGAAGAACAAGAAGCAGAGGAAGAACUAUACGACCUUCAAACAGAAUAUCAGAACUUCAUGCGAGCUCUCGAAGCCAACAGCGAAGACGGCAGCCAAGCAGGCUCUUCUCACAGCGUAGCAAUGCUCGACCUAGCCGGAGAAGAUUUUAUGCAAAGCGCACCGCCACCCCUGUCCCCCGAAGAUCAGCAAAAGUUGGAUGCCAAAGAAGCCUUCUACGAGGCGAGGCAAAAGCUCUUCGAGGCACAAGUCCGCUUCGAUCGAAAAGAGGAAGAUCAAGCUCAAGCUCGUCACGAAGAAGAACCAACAGAGGAGGAAGAAGAAGAGACAGCGGCAUUCGAUCUCCACUGGUUCCAACGAAAUCGCGAAAUCACGCGUGAGCUCAUUGAAGCCGAAGAACAGCUCGCAAAGGCAAAAGCGGAAGCACUUGCUCUUGGAGUUGAGAUCAGACUUGAGGAUCAGGCGUCUGGUUUUAGUGUUGGCGAGGACGAAGAAGAAGAUGGUGCUCCUGCUAUCAGGGAGAGCUGGGAGGGCGAGGCUACUGCUGCACACUUCUCAAGAACGAAAGUCGAUGACUGGCUGCACACUGUCGAUGAGCAGUCUUCGAGCGAGCAGGUAGGAGACGCUGAUACUGACGACUGGGACGCUCAAGAAGUCGAGAUCAGCGAGAGCCGAAGUCUCGUUGCUUGGGGUCCACCAAGAAAGAAAAUAGAUAAGUGGCAGCAGGACUGCACGCGGUUGACAUGA